AUGAACUCCAAAAACGCAGUAAGUCAAACAAGCAUAGGUAUUAAUGGCAUUUCAAAUUCAAAAAUUUCAAAUGAUAUUACUGGUCUAUUAACACCUAAUAAAAAUCCUAUAACGCCAAUAGAAAGUGAGAGUGACACCUUUGUUAGUGUUACCCUAAACAAUACUGUUUUGGGCUCAAGUGAUGCUAAAGCAUCUAAUGUGACUAAACAAGAGUCCAAUAUUAUUUAUACUCCUCCCAAAAGUCAGUCUCGGGGUGCUUCUCAGUCACAUCCAUUGCACGUUAUUAAUUCAAAUGUCUCUGAUCAAAAUAUUACUAUUCAAAGCACAAGCUCAGACUUUAUUGAGGAAUACAAAGCAUAUGAUGAAAACACUAAGCUUAAUGGCUGUAAUAAUUACGUAUUGACUGAUAAAUAUAGUAUACAGGACGAUUAUGGGAAAGGAAUAAUACCUUCUCAGCUUAAUCGAUUUGAGGACUCUCUUCCGCUGCCUGAUAGUAACUUGGUAACUAAGAAGCAUAAAAGGAAGUAUAUGGGCUUGAAAGAUUUACUAGCAGGUGCUGAUCAUUUUAUUAAUUUUUAUCCAACAACGCAGAGAACUAAAAAUCGAAUUCCAGAAUAUUCUGUUACUGAGCCAAAUAAGACUCCGAAAGAUGACUUAGUAAAAGAACGCGGCAUAAACCAAGGUUCAGAGGUGUGUACAGCUAAGGAUAGUUUUGGAGAAGUCAGUAGACGCACCCGUAAUUCACAAUUAAAUUCUGUAGAUAAACAAAAGGAAACUAAAAGCCAUUUCGAAGGAAAUACUACUUCAAACUCCAAUAACUCCACUAGUAGGUUUGCCAAUAAUUUAAAAGCUCUGCUACAAGAUGCCAACUACUUUGUAGAUAAUUUUCAAUACAUAUACCCGGAUUCUCACAUUGAUGAUCAAUCAGAUCUCAGAAAGUCUAAUAGUAAUAGAAGGUUCAGAAAGAGGAAACCCCUAUCCUACGAUGAAAAUCAUUUGAAGAGAGAUAAAAGUAAAUAUGAGAAAGAUGCUGAAAAGGAUAGAAUGGUUCUGAAAAGAAUCUUGAAUGUCUCUGAUACAGAAGAAGAAAAAUAUGAAAGAAAAAAAUCAAAGGGUGAGCUAAAUGUCGUGAUUAAAAGCUCAAAAAAGAAUAUUUUAGAGGGUAAAAUAAACAAAAGAGAACAAAAUAAAGAUAGUUAUGUGACAAAAGUCUCUCGAACAAGUAAACUUCGAUUCCCUGGGAAUCGUAUGAAUGGCAGACAUAUCGAGGAGAAUCAAAAUAAGCUUACAUAUAUUAACUCAAUAGAUGAAAUUAAAUUGAUUCAUCAGCAUACGAAGAAAGGUAGGAAGAGGGGCCUAGUUUUACAGCCAUCUAAAAAGAAGAGAAGUAGAGUUACAAAUUCAAAAACAGAAAGAGUAAAUAGCAGAUCUAUUCAAGGGAGCAAGAAGGGUAUAAAGCCUAAACAGCCUCAUUUUAAAUCAUUAAUCUCCGUGAAAUCGCGAAUAAAAAGUAGUAUUGGAGAGCAUUCUAGUAUGACUACUGAUGCCCAAGCUCUGGAUGAAUCAAACUUAUCCGAAGGUUCUUAUUUUAUUCCCAGUAGGGAAUAUAAAAAAAUCAAUAGGUAUCUUUUUAAUCUUGACUAUCUGAACUCUCAUUUAAAUUUUGAUAAAACUGUUACUAACUCAAUAGAGGUAUCUAAGUCAAUGAAUCGUUACAAAUCUAAGGAGCUAAAUCCUGAUUCUAUAGUUUGGCUAAAGAAUAUUAUUUAUCCCAACUUCGAAGAAGCAUAUUUCAUUCAAUUUAACAGUGCAGUGUCUAGGUAUAACCCUAUGCUAGAGAUUGGUCGUAUAGUUGAAUAUACUUUUUUAUUAUUUUUACCACGUCAGUAUGAAAAUUCUAUAUCUGAUAAACUUAUAGAAAAUAUGGAACUAGCUUUAGAAAAUGAGGAUGAAUCCCUAUUUAAAUCAUGUGUUACACAAUAUAAUGAACUAGUUGAGUCCAUUCCUCGUCACGAAGUUUUGAAAAAAUUGAAACUUUUUGACAAUAUGAUCCCAAAGACAUUCAUACAUGAUUUUUUAUACAUUAUUUAUACAAGAAGUAUCCAUCCAAACCAUAAUAAAUUAAGACAAUAUAAAUCUUUCAGUUCUGAAGUUUAUGGAGAAUUACUUCCUAAUUUUUUAUCAGUCGCAUUUGAACAAUGUCAGAUGAAACAAGAGCAUGUAUUCAUGGAUCUUGGUUGUGGUGUCGGUAAUUGUACAAUUCAAGCUUCUUUAGAGUACGGUUGUAAACUAAGUUUUGGAUGCGAGAUAAUGAAAAAUGCAAGUGAUAUUGCAGAAAUUCAGUAUGAUGAAUUAACAAAAAGAUGUGAAUUAUUUGGAUUACAGCUAGGGCCGAUAGAAUUUUCUUUGAGACAAAGUUUUCUUGGUAAUGAUAGAGUAAAUGAGCUGCUACCUCAGUGUGAUAUUUUGUUACUAAAUAAUUUCCUUUUUGAUGCUAAAUUAAAUAUAGAGGUGGAGAAGCUAAUUCAAGUAUUAAAGCCAGGUACUAAAGUGAUCACAUUACGAAACUUAAAGCCUCACACUUAUCAUGAAAUUCCCGCUGAUAGUAUUUUGAAUAGGUUAAAAGUAGAGAAAUUUUCACUAUCCGGUAAUUGUGUUUCUUGGACUGAUAAAGGUAUCGAGUACUAUAUUUCAACAGUUAUGGAGACAAUAACAGAAGAGACAAAGGAGCCUUAUAUUGGAUACUGGAAAAGCAGAAAGGGACGAUAA